UCCGCAGCGGGAGGACGCCGCCAUGAAGCACACCAUACCGCGCCGCACCAUGAAGGGCCUGGUGAAGAGGCACAAGCCCCACCUCCGUUUGAGCGCGAACACCGACCUACUGGUACAUUUGAACUUCUUACUAUUUCUGCAUCGAUUAGCUGAAGAAAGCAGGACCAAAGCUAUUUCAGAAAAGAGCAAAACAAUUAAGUAUGAACACGUUGUCUCUUCAGCAAAGAUAAUUUUAAAGAAGAGCCGUGGCUAAAGUGAAGAAUCACUCCUUUAAUCCUGGUUUAUUUGGGGUAGUGUGUUAAGGUUCAAAUGUCUGAAUUUUGUAUUUAUAUGUUCUCUCAUUAGAUAAAUUUUCAGAAAUGGUUGUCAUAUUGCAUAAGUUACUACGCAGUCUUUGAUUAAAGUAUGUAAUUAACACCAGGGAUUGAAAUGCAAGUUUUAACAUUAUUUGCAAAGUGCUAGGUUUUCAAAUAAUAAUUAUGUAAGGUAUCUUCUCUGAGAACUACUUUAAAUGUUAGCUUAAUCAGAAGUUAUUGUGCAUUCCUUCCUACAAAAUUCUUCUAUAAAAAUAAAAUAUUUAUCUCUCAGAAAACAUUUAUCAGCAGGGCAUGCUAUAAAUAUUCCUGUUUUCAAUUGUUUAUAAACUUUUUUUUAACUUCUGAGAUUAUUUUAAGUAACAUCACACAUUAAUAAAAUUGCAUUUAAACAGAUGCUUGAUUUAGGAGACUUAUAAUGGGAAACAGGACAUUUUUAACACAGAGCUGUAAACAGAAUAUGAAAAUAAAUGUUUCAGAAUGGUUUGUAACAAUAAAGCUGUUCCAGACCUCUUUCUUCAUUUAUUCAUUGCCUAUGGGUUUUGCUGAGAUAGAGAUGGAUACAUUAGAGAUGGUAAGUAACUUUGUCAGGACUAGUUUCAGCAGCAGUUCCUAGGAGUAGGCAAGACAUUGGAACAUUCCUUUUCUUCCUUUACUAGAACAGCUACUGGUGUUGGAGAUGGCUAAAGGAAUGGAAAACCCUGAAGCAAUUUCUCCCUCCUGUUUUCAGUUUUGGAAGAAGUGGCAAGUCUGUCAUCUUUCUCCUUUUAUGCAGGAAAUACAGAAACUGUAACUGAAUGCCUCAGCCAUAUCCUUCCUUUCAUAGCUAAGAGUACUCAAGAAUGCCAGCCACAGACUUUAAACUUCAGUCUCUUCAUUCUAAUUUAAUUCUAUUCUAAGCCAUUAAGUACAAAUUAUUCCACGGGAU